AUGGGAAUAUCCUACCUCGAAGGAACGUUCGAAUCAUUGACAGGUUAUGGCAACGGGACGGUGACACCAGUAGGAAUGCUCACGACAUCACUCACAAUCGACGGUGUUACAGCCAAGGUGAAGAUUCAUGUCAUUUCACAAAAGUAUCAACCGAUACCAUUGAUCGUGGGUCAUCCCUAUACGGAGCAAGAUCACGUGGAGAUUGUUAGCAGAGUAAACGAAUUGCUAAUUCGCCGAGUAGAUGACAGCAAAGCCGAUGAACCGCAGAAGACAAUUUUAUGGGUCAAGGAAGCAGACGUUUCCUUGGAAGGUGGCAUACGUGAAGACGGACAAUUGAUACCCAGAUGCGUGGUAAAAGCUGAUGAUCAAGGGAUGUCUAUGGUGCCAGUACUCAAUAUUUCAGGUGGUGAAUUGGUGAUUGAUGAAAGGACAAUUCUUACUCGUGGAGAAGCGGUGAUGUCAAAUGCCAGAACCGUGAUAGAUAUCAUUAACGAUUUCAAAGACUUAAUCGCCAAAAACAUUUGUCAAAUAGGUUGCAUCGAUAGAGCGGAGAUGUCAGUAACGUUAAUAGAUGAUAAUCCAGUGUGUUAUCGACCAUAUAGAGUAUCGAAAGAGGAGCAACAACAACAACGCGAAAUCAUCCAAGGGCUGAUAGAUGCUAAUAUCAUCGAAGAGAACGAGUCUCCAUUUUCGAGUUCGCGACUGAUUAACACGGUAUUAGGGAAAUUGCGCGGUGUAAUGGCGAUGGCAUACAUCGAUGACAUAAUUAUUCCUUCGGAGACGGUCGCAGAUGGUCUCAGUAAACUUCAAGAAGUUUUUAAAGAGUUAAUAUCGGCGAAUCUAACGUUAAAAUUGGAGAAAUGUUACUUUUUACAGAGAAAAAUCGAAUACUUAGGGUUUGAGAUAACGGCGGAAGGAAUCGCACCGGGAAAGAGAAAACUAAUUAGAGUAAAAGAGUAUCCAAUGCCUUUUGAUGUUAAAAAA